GAUCUCUGCUCUCUGCUGCAUCUCCUCUGAAACACUUCUGAAACUACUGACUUCCCACAUCAGGCAGCCUCGGCCACAAUCUCCUCUACAUCUCCCUCUGUCUGUAACUCAACUUCCCCUUUCUCAUGGGCUUUAUCAGACUGCUCAGAGCUUCAGAGAGCAACCAUGGGUCACAGCAGGAGCUCGAAACCCAGCUCAGAUCAGCCCGGCCUGGAGAUGGAAGACCAAUCAGAGACGCAGUCUGAGACGCAAUCAGAGGGCGAAAUGGAGAAGAGGAAUGAAAACGGGACGCUAACGUUAUCCCAGUUCUCCUCGACCGUGCGAGCGGUGGUGCGGAUUCGGCAGAAGUACCAAGCGAUGAAGAAGCGACGCAUGGAGAUGGCAGCGGCAGGAACGCCGUUCUUCUCUUCAUCUCGUUCCACCAGCCCCAAGAUCUUCACGUUUGACGGGAUCGUGGCUGACAACAUCAGGGAGGAAAGAAACCGAACGAAGCCGAAAAAGAAGAAGAAGGGCCGUAUCCUGUUUCCCAAUAACAGCCGCCGGGUUCCACCCACCGUGGAGCGCAGUCGGGCCAAGAACUGUCUGGUCCUGCUGUGCGUCAUCGUCUUCCUGCAGGUUUACAACGCCAUCGAGAACCUGGACGACCACGUGCUCAAAUACGACCUGGAAGGACUUGAAAAAACUCUUAAACGGGAGGUAUUCGGACAGCAGGAGGCGGUCGAGGGACUUUUGGCACAUUUUAAGGAAUAUUUGUCCACCUACGUCCACAGUAAACCUCUGGUGGUCUCCCUCCUCGGGCCCACCGGAGUCGGGAAGAGUCACGUGGGCAGGAUGCUGGCUCAGCACUUUCGCUCCGUAGUUGGCGAGCAGUUGGUCAUGCAGUAUUUCGUCCUGCACCACUGUCCCUCAGAAGAGGACCUCCCGAUCUGCACCCAGAACUUGAUGUCCCACGUUUCCGAGAUGGUCACUCAGGCCGAGGAAGAAGAAAAGAUCCCUAUCUUCAUCUUCGACGAAAUGGAGCACAUGCCCACCGAACUUCUGGACACAGUUCUCACGCUCAUCCUCACGCGAGACAGCAAUGAGUACCUGAACGCCAUCUACGUCCUCAUCAGCAACCUGGAGCAGGAGGAAAUCACCAAGUUCGUCCUGCAGAACUCCUCCAGCCUCGCGGUUUCAGGACGGCCGCGCCUGAGCAAGGAGCUGAAUCCCCUGCUGCACAGCGGCCUCAAGAAGCACCACUCGCUGUGGCGGGAGGCGGAGCUAAUGCCGCUCACGCUAUUGGAGAAAAGUCACGUGAUGGAAUGUUUUAUGGACGAGAUGUCGAGGGAAGGGUUCUACCCGGACCGCUCGCACGUAGAGCGACUCGCCGACGAAUUACCGUAUUAUUCCGUGGGCGAGAGAGAAUUUUCACGUACUGGAUGUAAGCAGGUGGUGGCGAAGGUCAACCUCCUGUGAUGCUUAGUUUGGUCAAAAAGAUCUCCGAACCAAUAGAGGAGGUGUGACGCAUGAACCAGACCAAAGGACUCGGAUCUACUGAACCAUGGUCCGGUUAUCGUCACAAAUUAAACAGAACAGAAGAAGAAAAAGAAGAGGUCUUGUGCUGAAAUCUGACUCCCCUUGGUUGUCAAGUGCGUUACGCAGCAGUACGGGAACAACAGAAACCUGCAUUUGAAGGGAAUCUGGUGAAUUUGGUUUAAAACAUUCUACAAACCAAUCAGCGUGAAGUAUAGGGAGACUCCGCCCACACAGGUGAUGACAACAUUUCCUAAGUGUGAUCAGUCACUAAACUGCAGUGUGAAAACAAAACUAACUGGACUAAAUACAGAACAGAAUACAGUGUAAGACACAUUGUAACAUGGUUGUGAUCUGGACUUUGAUGUGUAAAAAACGCCACUGGCUGCAGUUGGUUAUGAAUUACUUGAGAAACAGACUGAGAAAUUCGGAUCCGUCCUGAUUAACGAUGGCGAGAAGAUGAGACGCUGAUGGAGACGGACCUGUGCUUUAAUAUUCUUGCAGCUCAAAAAAAAAACAUAAAAUUGACCUUGAAUGUUUUGACAUUUCAUCAUUUCCUCUUUUGUAAAACUAAUAUUUCAUUUUUUUCUACUCUUAAUGUAAUGUUAUAUUUAAUAUGAUAUAAACUCAGUGUUAUGA